CAGCCCCGUCUCCAGGGCAACGGGGGAAAGCGCUGAGCGCCUCGCCAGUGAUUCGUGUCCGCCUGUCGGGUCGACCUUGCUUCUGUUGCAUUUCAACAAGCCGAGGAUGGAUCUUGAUGAUGCCAGUGGAAAGCGCAAGGUGCCGAACGUGCAGGCCCGGUCGGCCAUGCUCACUGGGGCUCUGAUUGUGGGAAUGUGCCUCGGCGUCAUCGUCAGCGAGAAGCUCUACUUGAUCACUCAAGAGGCGGAUCUGCCCGAGGGAGCGGUGGCGGCGGUGCGCUCCCGCAAGCUGGAGGUGCAGGCGAGCGCCGGCACGGCGGUUCGGCGGUCGACCGGCAAGCCGCGCAGCGAGCUGGAGGAGAUCCUGCAGCGCGUGGCGCCGCAGGGCGAGGUCAUGAUCGCGAUCAGCAACAUGAACCUCAUACACGAGCAGUCGCUAGUAAUGUGGCUGGAGUGCGUCCAGCGCAUCGAGGGCCUGACCAACUGGCUGAUUGUGGCCAUUGACGAGCAGCUGGCAGCCUACUGCAAGGAGAAGGGCAUCAACCACUACUACCGCCCUGUGGUGAUCCCCGACUCCCAGAAGGACACGGGCAGCAACCACGCCAUCUCUGCCAUGAAGUACGAAAUCAUCCGCGAGUUCCUGCAACUGGGCUGGGACGUGCUGCUGAGCGACGUGGAUAUUGCGACGCUGCAGAACCCCUUUGACCACCUGUACCGCGACAGCGACGUGGAGGGAAUGACAGAUGGGUUUGACCCACUCACAGCCUAUGGCGAGAUCUACGGCAUCGAUGAUGCCACCAUGGGGUGGAGCCGCUACGCGCAGGGCACGCGCCACAUGGCCUUCAACUCGGGCCUCUUCUUCAUCAGGGCCAACGACAAGACAAUCGACCUGCUGACGCGCAUCGCAGAUAAGCUUAGCAAACAAAAGGAGUGGGAUCAGAGUGUGUGGAAUGAAUUUAUCUUUUUCUUGUCGCACGGGGACUACAAGUCGCCGCAGAUCAUUCCCCGUGUUAUGGAUUACAUGAAGUUCAUGAACACCAAGGUGCUGUUCAAGCAGGUCCGGCACAUGCCAAAGGACCAGCAGCCCAAGCCGGUGAUGGUGCACUCCAAUUACCAUCCGGACAAGUCUGAUCGCUUGAGGGCCAUCAUUGCGCAUUACAUUAAAGGGGACGAGCAUGCUUUGGAUAAAUUCCCUGGAGGUAGCGAGCCCGGGUCAUGAUCCCCAAGGUCAUCGUCCUGCACCGGGGUUCCCAGCUCAUGCACUCGUACCCUCACACUUUUUGCCUGUCUAUAAUGUUUUAUUCUAUGCUGCUGUUUAUCUCUGCUUCCGGCUGUGUUUUCCAAGCUGCUGCCCGGCGGGUGCCAGCGGUUGCCGAGCUGCAGGCCUUCCCGACCACUGUACCACCUCCCUCUGUGGCAUGCUUGUAAC